GGGUUCAAAUUUCUCGUCUCAUAUAUCGGUUCCACACCUCCACAUCAACUGCGUGAGUGACGGUGACUGUGUGUGUGAGAGAGAGAGAGAGAGAGAAUCGGAGAUCCUGUGGACGAAGAGAGAAAGAUGGCAAGAAGACCGGACGAAGAGUACGAUUACCUGUUCAAAGUCGUGUUGAUUGGCGAUUCAGGCGUUGGUAAAUCCAAUCUUCUCUCCAGAUUCACCAGAAAUGAGUUCUGUUUGGAAUCUAAAUCCACUAUCGGCGUCGAAUUCGCUACUCGUACUCUUCAAGUUGAAGGAAGGACGAUAAAGGCUCAGAUAUGGGACACAGCAGGACAAGAGCGAUACAGAGCAAUCACGAGUGCAUAUUACAGGGGUGCCCUUGGAGCACUUCUAGUCUAUGACGUCACAAAACCGACAACCUUUGAAAACAUAAGCAGGUGGUUGAAGGAAUUAAGGGACCAUGCAGAUGCCAACAUUGUGAUCAUGCUUAUAGGUAACAAAACUGAUCUCAAACAUCUUAGGGCUGUUGCUGUAGAAGAUGCACAAAGUUUUGCAGAGAGAGAAGGUCUCUCUUUCAUUGAGACAUCUGCUUUAGAAGCUGUAAAUGUUGAGAAGUCGUUUCAAACGAUUCUUGGUGAGAUAUAUCGAAUUAUUAGCAAGAAAUCGAUAUCUGCAGGUGAGACUGGACCGGCUAGCGUUAAACAGGGUGAGACACUUGUUGUUGGAUCACAAGAUGCUAAUGCAAAGAAGGCUUGUUGUUCAUCGUCCUAACCGCUUUGGUUAAAAACUUGUUUGAAUUCUCGUGUUAAAUUCUGUUUUUUUUUUUUGGUUCUCAUUUGGUUAAAUCGCAAGGUGGCUAUGGAUUGUAGUUGAUUUUGGUUUUAUUAUUGAUUUCCUACUAUAUGGUUUUUUUUUUCAUUCAUGCUCAA